AUCCUAGAUAUAAAAAACUUUGUUUUCCUGAUAUGACUAUUGAAGAAAUUUUAUUACCAGUUAGACAAAAAAUUAAUCAACAAACACCUUUAUCAGUACCUAAAAAAAUAUCAAGUUUUUAUCAAAAAUUAAAACAUUCUUCACAACAAGCACAAAUAAUUGAUGAUGAAGUUCAAAAAUAUUGGUUAUUUGCUGAAGCAGAUGAAACUAUAAAACUUUUAGAUUGGUGGAAUACUCAUACAAUCUUCUAUAUUGUUAAACUGACGGUCGUUUUUCUGGAUCUUUAUCCCAACACUUCUUCAAAAGAUUUACGUAGCAUG